AGCAGCCCUGUGCGGUGGGUGGGCUGUGCGCAGGGGUUGUUCGCAUGCGCCCCACGGCUCACCCAGCCAUGGUGGUGCCCUGCGCCUUCCUCGUACCCGUCCUCCUUCUCCUCUGCAGGCUGGGCCCCUGCCUUACUGCUGCCCACAGCCCCCCAGGGGUGGAGUGUGUCGUCUUCAACGAGGAGUACAUGACCUGCAUGUGGGGGAGCAGAGAGACGCUCAUGGCCAACUACUCCCUCUACUACUGGUAUGAGAACAGGUCCCCUGUGGUGGAGUGCAAGCACUACCUGCAGGACCGCGGCAUCAGUGUCGGCUGCCACUUCAACCAGAGCGAGAUCAUCCAGUUCCAGCCUUUCCAUGUCCUUGUCAAUGCCAGCCUUGGUGGCAGGACACUGGAGAUCCCCAGCAAGCGCAUGGAGCUGCAGGACCUGGUGAAACCGGAGGCACCUGUCAACCUAACCAUCCGCAACAUGAGCAACAACCAGCUGCAGCUGACCUGGACCUCCCCGUACCCCAGACCCCAGUGCCUGGAGCACGCCAUCAAGUACAAGAGCAACAAGGACACCAGCUGGACGGAGCACCAGGUGAAAGGAGAUGUCUUCUCCUUCCCCAGUGUAGACUAUGAGAAGUACUACACCUUCUAUGUGCGCAGCAAGAUCAACAGCUACUGCGGCACCACCCAGCUCUGGAGUGAGUGGAGUGUGCCUGUGGUCUGGGGCAGCAACUCCACCAGUAAGGGCACGGCAGAGGAGCCGCUGCACUGGUUCUGGAUCCACACGGUCUUGAUCCCCAUUGUCUCUUGCCUGCUCUUGCUGGUCCUUGUUGUCCUGCUGGUGCGCAUGGAAAGGGUGUGGGUCAUCCUCAUGCCCCGAAUCCCCAACCCCAGCAAGAACUUUGACGACCUCUUCAUCACCCACAAGGGCAACUUCCAGGAAUGGGCCGGAGUCCCCAAAGAUGUCAUGGAGAGCUUCAAGCCCAACUACAGCGAGAACAUCUGCUAUGUGAGCGAGCUGCCCCCCAAGGACAGCUACGAGCCCCUGUGGGAGGGCAGCAACCACCCGCCAUCGCUGAUGCCUGGGGCCCUGGCUGCCCCCCGUGAACACAGCCCCUACAAGAACAGCUACGUGGGAGUGUGAUGCACUCCUGCACCCCUGCACGCUUCACACCGCUGCUGCCUGAAACCUUGCUGCCCCACAGGCCUCGCUCCCUGCUCCCACCCUGCCUCUGCCAAAUGCCUGGGACCCCCAGCCCUGCUCCCUGCCAUGGUCACACUCAGUCCCCCGCAACAUGGCAGCUGUACUGCACCACAGGGUGCUGGGUGAGCAUGGUGUGCUGGGUGCACUGGGUGGUGCACUGGGUGCACUGCACAGUGUGCUGUGUGCACCAGGUGGUGCAAUUGGUGCACUGCACAGUGCCCGGGGUGCAGUGCAUAGCACCCUGGGUGCACUAUUUGUUGCAUGCAUGAGAUGGAUCAGGUAGCACUGGGUGCUGCUCUGGGUGCGUUGCAGCACGCUGGGCACACUGCAGUGUCCCAGCACCUGCCCUGUCCUUGGAGCGUCCAGGAAGGCAGGGUGACAUCCAUCCUACCACGAGCCCUGCCACAUGCAGGAUCCCUCUCAGGGUUGCCAUGGCAGAGCAGAGCUGUGGGAGGGCGGAUGGGCUCCCACACUGCACUCCUGUGGGCCCCCGUGCUGGGCAUAUUGGAGCUGCUGGGAGCUUGCCAAGGCCCCCUCCUUGCUUUGUGGUUCCCACAAGCACACCCAGGGACUUAUCCCAGUGAGGGGGCAGCUGUGACUGAGCAGGCAGGAGCCACUGGCCAACCAAUGGGGACACUGGGGCUGAGAAGCGCCAAGGGCCAGAGGGGCCAAGUGUGGGAAAAUAACAGAAGAUCAGCAAGGAGGAUUGUAAACACACUCAAGUGACUUCCAUCUGGGGUGUAGAAAAACACAUAUAGCAUACUAAUUGUUGUCUAUCCUUGCGUGUUUGACAAGUGGAACAUCUGUGUUCAGAUAACAUAGGCCAGUGAUAGACUUAGGGGCACCCUAUUGAACAUGCUUGAGAUUCCUGCCCUGCUGUGGGAAAGAUCAAAGCACAGUGGUAAACUACGCCUGCGUGAAUCCCGGAAAAACAGGCAAAACCAGCAGCUUUGGUGAUCCUCUAGCAUGGACUGAGCUUCAUGGCGCCCGCAUUCCCGCUUGUGUGCUUCUGCCUGGGUGCUGCUUGGGGGAUACCCCAGUU